CUCGGGGACCCCUGGUGGCUCCCCGGACCGUAGAUUGGAAACCUUUGCGCCGCCUGAAACUCAUUUCCUGAUUGGCUGACUGGAAGGUGCGCGGUGUUAGAGAAAACCCAGCUGAAGAGACUUCUCUCAACUGUAAGUGUCUGUCUGUCAGCCUUUUGACAACUUUAUACUCGAUUAACGGCUGUGUCCACGUGGAUAAUCCAUCAUGGAGUUAUUGGUUCGAUAUCUGGACCGGAGCAAUUCUAUUAGCUCUGCCUCAACUCCAGACAUCAUCAAAGAGGACAACCUGAGAGAUGACCUGAAGUAUUACUUCAUGAGCCCGUGUGAGAAGUACCGGGCCCGACGACACAUACCCUGGAAACUUGUGGUGCAGAUUCUGAAAAUCGUCAUGAUCACCACACAACUCAUCCUGUUCGGCCUCAACAACCAGCUGGUGGUGUCUUAUAAGGAGGAGAACAUGAUGGCCCUCAAAAACCUUUUCCUGAAGGACUACAGUGGGGUGGAUGAGGACGACUACAGUGUUGCUGUUUACACCCAACAACAUGUCUAUGACAGUCUGUUUUAUGUCCUGGAUCAGUACAGCCAGUUGGACCGGCUCUCUGUGGGUCCCAUCAGUUACGGUGAGGAUGAAGACGGCAAGCUGCUGCCUCUCAGAAUCUGCAAAGAGUACUACAAGAGAGGCAGCGUGGACCCCUCAGAUGACGCCUAUGAUAUAGACGCCGAGGUGGAGACGGUUUGUAUGUCACACAAUCCAAAGACUGCAAACCAAUGGAAAACCAAGAAUUCAUCUUUUUUUGAUCUGGACUUUUACAGGCUUGUUGACAUCAAAACAACCUUCCAGCUGAAAGGAAUCAACCUACAGACGGUGCGUUCACGGGAGUUACCUGACUGCUACUCGUUCUACGUUACGAUAACAUUUGACAACCAGUGUCACAGUGGAAAGGUGAAAAUAUUCCUGGACAUAGACGCUCAGAGCUGUGCAUGUCGAGACUGGAAGAUAUCUGGGACAGCUCAGAAGAACACACACUAUCUGCUGGUGUUUGACAGCUUCGUCAUUCUUGUUUGCCUCACAUCGGCGGUGCUGUGCACCCGCUCCAUCUUACUGGCUGUCAGGUUACUCCAGAGAUUCUCCAGAUUCUUCCAUGAGAACUACGAUCGUAAAGUGUGUGAGGACGACCAGAAGGAGUUUCUGAACGGCUGGUACGUGCUGGUCAUCGUCAGCGACCUCUUGGCUAUAAUUGGAUCCAUACUCAAGAUGGAAAUACAAGCAAAGAGUCUAACCAGUUAUGAUGUGUGCAGUAUCUUCCUGGGAACGUCUACAUUAUUGGUGUGGGCCGGCGUGAUCAGGUACCUGGGAUACUUCCAGAAAUACAAUGUGUUAAUUUUAACCAUGACAGCAGCCUUCCCCAAGGUCCUGCGUUUCUGCUGCUGUGCCGGCAUGAUCUACCUCGGCUACACCUUCUGCGGGUGGAUUGUACUGGGGCCGUACCAUGAGAAGUUUGAGGGCCUGAGUCGUGUAGCGGAGUGCCUGUUCUCCCUGUUGAACGGCGAUGACAUGUUCACCACCUUCGCCCAGCUGAAGGACAAAAACACUCUUGUGUGGCUCUUCAGCCGGGCCUACCUCUACUCCUUCAUCUCCCUGUUCAUCUACAUGGUGCUGUCGCUCUUCAUCGCCAUCAUCACCGACGCCUACGAGACAAUCAAGAGCUUCCAGAAGAACGGAUUCCCGCAGACAGACCUGCAGAAGUUCCUCAGAGAGCAGAAAGAUUUUCCUGCUGCAGAGGAGAGCAGUCAGACAGACGUUCACGUCAAAUAUUCUAUGUUGUGCUGCUGCCAACGAGUUCCUGAAAGUGACGAUGUCAUACUGAUCAGCUGACGGCUCUCUCCCCUCCAGAGGACAUGGAUCACGCAGGAGGAGGAUGCUGCUUACAGGACUUCACACUUUUGAUACAGACUUCAAGAUCAAGCGAUCCCCUUGCAAAAAAGUGUAGUUACUGAUUCUGUGAAGUGCAAUAUGAAACGCCAAACAAGUUCCCUCUCUUGACCAUGAAACUGCAGCUAGAGCCGAAGAGCUGGAGCUGGAACAUCCCGUAUCUACUGGAGUUCAGGAUGUUGUUUAGAAGUUUACUGGAUCUUUUUAAGGGCUGUACAUGCAUUCUCUUGCAAAAAGUGGAUUCAGUGUUCAUUUGACUGGAUGCAAACACUGUGCAACAUUAUGCAGUGCUAGAUGUAAUUUAUUUGUCAAUUGUUGAAGUAAAUAUUGCAGUAAAGCUUAUCUUUUCCAUGUGUC